AUGCCGCAGUCUUCAUCAGCAGCAGCGUCGUCGUCGUCGUCCUCAGCAGGAGGAGGUUGUAUCUGGAUGCCUAUGUCCGUGUCUUUUCCCCCUGAGGAGAGUGUGGAGCGACCGCCGGCCUACCACCUGAACCAGGCCAGCAAUGAUGGACGGCCGGUGGUCCAGGAGCUGCCCUACUCUCAGUACAGUCCGUUCUCCUGUGUCCAACUGAGGGCUCACUGUACGUCUCUUCUGGAGAAGAACGCCUGGCUGCAGAAACGCAGUCGAGGAAGCUGGAGGAGGAACGCAACUUCCUGCGCGUCAGCUGGACCGCUUUCAUGCGUCAAGCAUGAGGAGUCCAGAGGCCACAGAGUGGUGUGGAGACGCCCAGCAUGCUGUGAAGGUCCAGCCGCCAGCUCUCCCUCCCCUCCCUCCCCCAUGACCACCAGGUCUGGAAUGACCCUCAAACGCCUCCAGGGACCAGGACCAGGACCUCGGACCCGCCGCAGCGCCCACAUCCCUGUGAAGGAGGAGUAUCACCUGGAGGAGGAGAAAUACUUCACCGACGAUGAGUACGUGGAGGAGGAGGAGGAGGAGGAGGAGAUGAGGACUCUUCGGCGGAGAAGGGGAUCACCCGGCAGGGAGAGACAAAGAGUUAAAGACCCAGACGGGGUUCUGAUUCGCUACAAGAAGAUCCUGUCCACCUACCAGCGGGUGAGGAGCAUGUCCAGAGCCUUCCAGAUCCACGGAGUCGACCGCAACACCAUGGCUUCCACCUCCCCGAUCGCCGAGCUGCUGCUGGUGGCUCCAGAGAAGGUGACAGAAGUCGGGGAGUUCGAGGCGUCGAAGGAGACUCUGGAUUACGCCCGGCGGUGCUACAAGACGAUGGACGAGCAGACGCACGCUAAAGUCCAGACCAUGAAGAAAACUCACAAGCUGCUGCCCAUCUCCUACAGGUUCAGGAACUGAGGAGGAAAUGAGAACAAAACACAAACAACAAACACAACUUUUGCAGCUGGUUUUGUGAGACUGAGAAGAUUAAGUAGUUUCUCCAAUGAGCUGCUUGUUUUGUAUAAAUAGGCUUUCUUCCUUCAUGUGCAGCCAGGAGAGUUGAAAUGUUUGUUUUUGUUUAUUGUCAGAUUUGGUUUUGCAGAGACUGAAGUAAAUUCUGUUUUUUUUUUCUGUUUCUUCGGCUAUCAGUCUUUGGACAUGAGUUAUUUUUCUCCAGAUCUUGUGUCAGAAUAGUCAGUUUGACUAAAUGUGUCUUUAAGUUGUGAAAGAUUAUUUUUCUUCCUGAGUAAACUAAUUUCUUUCGGUUUUGUCUCUAUUAGAUGAGAGCGAUAUGUAUUUUCUUUAUUUUUUGACUUGCACAGAAAUAUCAGGGAAUGUUUAAGUUUGUUAUCAAUUAUUUAACAAAGCAAGUUUUUUUAUUUAUGUAUUCACGCCUUCAUUAUGAAAGUAUUUAAGCUGAAAGUAUUAUUGUUGCUGAAAUUUUUGGAAUUAUGACUGAAGAUGUAUAACAUGUUGCACAAGAAAAUAAAUGUUGUUCCAGAUGUUAUUGUUAGUUUUUCUUCAGAGUCAAGACUCAUCAGUCAUUGGAGAAUAAAUUCAAGCUUAUAAGUCCUGAAUUCAAAAGAAAAUAUAUGUAGAAAUGUCACAGACUUUCUCUGAGUUUGAACAGGAUUUCAGCUUAAUUGUACUUUACAGGAGGAUUUAGACAUUUUUUUAAGUAAGCAUCUUAAUUUUAAACGUGGAAGUCUUCAUUAUGAGCAGAAGCAGACAGACUGCUGAAAACAUCUGAUUUAUGAUUUAAAAACCAUUGAAGUGAAACAGAGUUCACGUCCUGCACUUUGCUGCAGCCUGCAGCGCCCUCCAGUGGGAGAAAGUAACAAUGCAGAAUAAAUAAACUAAAUUGUAAAUUGUUUCUGAAAUUACAAAUUUGGACUCAAGAAAGCUUCAUUAAUGAUCUUAACAUCUAAAUUUAAUAUCAAGUGGCAACAGUUGAACUUUCCGAAGAAAUUUCUGAGCAUUUUUCAUUCCUGUCACGUUUUACUCCCUCAUUUUUCCUGCACAUCCACGGUGGUAGAGAAACAUGUUUUUGUGCAGAAUGACUCAGUUACUCUGCUAUAAAUCAUCCAUAAAUAAAAGUUGAGUUUGUUUAAUUACUUACUUUGAAAGAAUGGAAUAACCUGCAAUCAUUUUGUCCCCACAGUUGUUGAAAAUGCUGGAAAAUAGUGAUUUAAUAUGAGAGAUAUUCUGCUGCUUAUGUUUUAAAAGUUUUUCCAAACUUCUCUCCUCUCUGUGUGAACAGCACAGUCAUCUGAAGGAUUAAAGAAUUUUCUUUCAUUUUUUUUGAGCAAAUGAUUUAUUUUUGGCAAAUAUUUAAAUGAGACAUGAAGGACAAAAUAGUUUAAAUGAAAUAUGAACAUUUUAAGCUCAGAUUUGGUGACUUUUCCAGAUGGAAUCACACAUGAGGAGUUCAAGGACCACCAAAGUGGAAAAUGUGACAAAUUAUUAAAAAUAAAAGUUUAAAAAAAUAGAGA